AUGGCCAUCCCCACCGAGGAGCGCACCGUAGACGGCCUCGAGAAACAGAUCGGGGUGAAUCACUUCGGCACGCACCUUCUAACCAGAUUGAUGGAAAAGCAGAUCAUCGAUGGAGGCCGCGUGGUGUUCCUCUCUUCCGUGGCGCAUAAACAUGGCGGUUGGGACUGGGACAACGUAAACUACACCAAGCCCAACAAGUACGUGCCCAUGAUUGCGUACGGUCGGUCCAAGCUCGCAAACGUCCUCGACGCGAAGGCGUUCGCCGGGCACCUGAGCGAUCGCAGGAUCAACACGUACGCGCUACAUCCAGGGGUGGUCAACACUGACCUCUUUCGGAACGUUACCGACGGCCGCUUAAUCUCUCGCGUUUUUCGGGUGGCGAAGUCUCUCGGUGCCUUUGUGCUGGCUUCCCCCCUCACGGGGUCGUUGACCACCCUGCGAUGUGCGAUCGAUCCAGCACUCGCCGGCCCCGAGUUUUCGGGAAAAUACUGGUCCCACAUGAAGCAAGUCCAGCCGUCGGCGCUGGCGUCGGACCCUGCCAACCCGCCUCGCCUUUGGGAAAUCACGGAGGAACUGCUGGAGACUAAGCUAGGAAAGAAGAUCGAAAACCUCCUGAAGUAGUCAGCUAGUUUGUGAAGGUGGCCGAGACAAGACAGCCAGUUGCUUGCAACGAAGUCCAUGCCUUGUAACAACAUAAACCUUGUGCAGUUCGUGCUUUUAAGAAUAUUAUUUCAAACGCUUCACUCGGGAACUGCUUUGAGGCGGAACUAUUUUCGGCGGGUGUGCCCAAAGGGGGUGAUUGCUUAGGCGGUUGGUGUGGUAUUGCGUUCAUUGGCGGUGUCGACUUUGAAGGACGCGGAAAAACGUAUUUAUGUAUGGUGGUGAUUUUUUGGCGGUAAUGCCAUAUGGCAGAAGUUGUUUGGGCGGUAGGAAGUAUUGGGGCAGCAGAAUCGCUUUGAGUUGGCCCCAGGGUUACUGAAUUUUGUUUUUUUCAACUCGCUGUCUUUGCGUUAGCCCCGGGGUGUUCGUGUUCCGGCAAAUUAUUGGGGCGCCCCACGUGGCGUCGCACACAAACCCACGGACGUCAUUCCAAGUCGCCC